CUGAGUGAAGUAUGGUUGUAGGUUGUGCCAGCAUCAGGUAUUGAGGACGGAUGGAUGGGACUGGACAUAGGUCCGGACUCGGUGAAAACAUUCAACGAGGCUCUGGACACAACACAAACAGUCAUUUGGAAUGGACCUAUGGGAGUUUUCGAGAUGGAGAAGUUUGCUGCUGGAACAGAGGCAGUUGCGAAUAAACUAGCAGAGCUAAGUGAGAAAGGAGUGACAACUAUAAUAGGAGGAGGAGACUCAGUGGCUGCAGUGGAGAAAGUAGGAGUUGCAGGAGUCAUGAGUCACAUCUCCACUGGUGGUGGAGCCAGCUUGGAGCUCUUGGAAGGUAAAGUACUUCCCGGUGUGAUCGCUCUUGAUGAAGCCAUCACUGUCACCGUUUAGAAAACUCACCCUUUUGAUGAGAGGCCAACUGAUGUAUACUUCUUUUGCUGUAAAUCAUCAUCAUCUACCUAUUCAAGACUAUGACCUUUUUUUUUAAA